AUGCCAAUCCCAAUAUCCAAGGCGCCGGGGGACUGGCAUCCCACGGCGUACCGCACGGUCGCCGCCGAGAUGACAGGCACCCUCGACCUCGGCCCGUUUGCCCCUCAAGUGAUCGACGCUCUGGUGCACGUCCACUUCUCCGUGUAUGCGGCCAUCGAGCGCUUAAAGCGGAGGCAAGGGCGCAUGAUGCAGCUUGGUCCGCGCUUCUUCUUGGACUUUAUUCAUCACUACGUCACCUUGAGCAACGAGAAGCGCGAGGCUCUGGAAGAGGAGCAGAGGCACUUGAAUGUCGGCCUGGAUAAGCUCAAGGAGACCGUCGAUGCAGUAUCCGAGUUGCAAAAGAAUCUGGCAGUGAAGCGGACACAGUUGGAAGCCAAGAACAAGGAGGCCAAUGAGAAGCUCCAACGAAUGGUCGCCGACCAGAAAUCUGCCGAGGAACAAAAGCUCGCUAGCAUUCAGAUUCAGGGAAACUUGGAGAAGCAGGAGAAGGAGAUCGCGGAGCGACGCGAAGUAGUUAUGGGGGACCUGGCAGAUGCCGAGCCGGCCGUCCAGGAGGCCCAAGCGUCCGUUAGCAACAUCAAGAAGCAGCAUUUGACCGAAGUCAGGUCGAUGGGUAACCCUCCAGCACCGGUCAAGAUGGCCAUGGAGAGUGUCUGCAUGAUUCUAGGCCAUCGCAUAGACAGUUGGAAGAGCGUGCAAGCUGUGAUCAGGCGAGACGACUUCAUCGCCAGCAUUGUCAACUUCGAUACUGAUCGCAUGAUGACCAAGGCUGUGCGCGAAAAGAUGAAGCGCGAGUACCUUUCGAAGCCUGGCUAUGACUUUGCCACGAUCGAUCGCGCCUCCAAAGCGUGCGGCCCGCUCGCAAAAUGGGUCAUCGCGCAGGUGCGUUUCUCCGAGAUCCUCGACCGCGUCGGGCCGCUACGCGCCGAAGUCGACAGCUUGGAAGAGCAGGCGCAGGAGACGAAGCAGCAAGCGAAUACGAUCGUGGAAAUGAUCAAGGAGCUCGAAGGUAGCAUCGUGCGAUACAAGGAUGAGUACGCUGCCCUCAUCUCAGAGACGCAGGCCAUCAAGAGCGAGAUGGCGAGCGUGCAGCGCAGGGUCGAUCGAUCGAUCCAGUUGCUGGACAGUCUGGGAUCGGAAAAGCAGCGAUGGGAAGCCUCAAGUCGCACAUUUGACACGCAAAUGAGCACCAUUGUUGGCGAUGCGUUGCUUUCCGCUGCAUUUCUCGCAUAUGCUGGCUUCUUUGAUCAGCAGUACCGAGAGAACAUGUGGGCGACCUGGGCAGAUCAUCUCUCGCAGGCCGGCGUGAAGUUCAAGCCAGAGCUGUCUUUUAGCGACUAUCUUUCCACUGCCGAUGACAGGCUCAGAUGGGCAGACAAAUCACUGCCGACGGAUACGCUCUGCACGGAGAACGCAAUCAUGCUCAAGCGCUACAGCCGAUACCCCCUGAUCAUCGAUCCAUCCGGUCAAGCGACGACGUUCCUGAUCAACGAAUACAAAGAUCGCAAGCUCACUGUUACCUCUUUCCUCGAUGAUGCAUUCUUGAAGAAUCUCGAGGGGGCGCUACGCUUCGGCAACCCAAUCUUGAUCCAGGAUGUAGAGCAUCUUGAUCCCAUCCUGAAUCCCAUCCUCAACAAAGAACUGCGGCGAACGGGCGGUCGUGUCUUGAUCCGGCUUGGCUCGCAAGAGAUCGACUUCUCUCCGUCUUUCACACUGUUCCUGUCGACAAAAGAUCCAUCCGUCGAAUUUCCGUCGGAUGUCUGUUCCAGGGUGACGUUUGUCAACUUCACCAUGACACGCUCAAGUCUCCAAUCGCAGUCGUUGGACCAGGUGCUCAAAGCGGAGCGUCCAGAGACGGACCGAAAGCGAACAGAUCUGAUGAAGCUGCAAGGAGAAUUCAGGCUCCGAUUGCGGCAUCUCGAGAAGUCGCUCUUGAAUGCACUGAACGAAUCCCAGGGCAACAUCCUCGAUGAUGACAAGGUCAUCGACACCCUGGAGACUCUCAAAAAGGAGGCAGCAGAAGUUACACGCAAGGUUGAGGAGACGGACAUCAUCAUGCAGGAGGUCGAAGACGUGACGGCCGAGUACCUGCCGCUAGCAAAAGCGUGCUCUGCGGUGUUUUUUGUGCUAGAUCAGCUCAGCCUGAUCUCGCAUUUCUAUCAGUUUAGUCUCCAGUUUUUCCUCGACAUCUUUGACUACGUCCUCCGCCAAAAUCCCCACUUGCAAGGCGUCAGCGAUCCGAAAGAACGACUGCGCAUGUUGAACAGGGACCUUUUCCUCAUUGUGUUCCAGCGAACCAGUCGCGCUCUAGCACACGAGGAUCACGUCAUGCUUGCUCUACUACUCGCUCGCAUCUGGAGACGCGAGAAUGAUCAGGACGAUGCGCUUGAGUCCGCCGAGUACAGUUUCCUCUUGGAAGGCGACAUCAUCACCUCAGUACAGCAGCUCAGACUCCCUGGGCCGCUGGAAGCAGCGUUGUCUAGCGAGCAAAAGCAGCGUCUGACAUAUCUCAAGCGCCUGCCGAUCUUCAAGGAGAUCGAGGCUCGACUCAACGACAAUGUAGAUUCCUUGCUUCGAUUUAUCUCGUCGGAUCAACCAGAGACAGCCUUGCUUGAGCUGUGGGAUGAAUGUCCACCUGUGGUUGAUUCGAUCCGUCACCUCUUGAUCAUUAAGGCUUUGCGACCGGAUCGGUUGGUCCCAGCCAUGGGUGCGCUCGUGACAUCGGUCUUUGGCACAGACCUGCUAAGCGAAACAUCGUACGAUCUGCAAAGUGUGGUAGCCAAGGAAAUCGAAGCGGCCACGCCAAUUGCAUUGUGCUCAGUACCUGGCUUCGACGCGAGCUAUCGUGUCGAUGCACUCACGCGAACGACCGGGAUUCGAUGCAUUUCAGUCGCCAUGGGCUCACAGGAGGGCUUUGCGCUCGCAGACCAGGCGAUCAAUAUUGCGUCGAGGUCGGGACAAUGGGUCCUUCUGAAAAAUGUGCAUCUAGCUCCCUCAUGGCUUUCCCAGCUGGAGAAAAAACUCAGCGGAGCUAUCAUGAACCGGCAGUUCCGCAUUUUUUUGACCAUGGAAACCAAUCCGGUCAUUCCGAUCAACUUCUUGAGGGCUAGCCGCAUCCUCAUGAACGAGCCUCCACCUGGUCUCAAAGCCAACAUGCUGGACAGUCUGCGCGGUCUUUCGCCUUCACGCCUGCAAAAAGGCCCAGCUGAGUCUGCGCGGCUGUUCUUUUUGCUCGCCUUCUUCCACGCGACGAUCACCGAGCGCUUGCGAUAUACCCCACUCGGCUGGUCUAAAGCAUUUGAAUUCAACGACUCGGAUGCCGAGGCAGCUCUUAACACGAUCGAGGCAUGGCUCGGCCGCACGGCCAAGGGGCGGAGCAACAUCGACCCCGCGAGCAUUCCAUGGGGUGCUUUGCGAGCUCUGCUGAAGCAGAGCAUUUACGGAGGCAAGGUUGACAACAAUGCAGAUCAGCUUCUUCUUGAUACAUUCGUGGACAAGAUUUUCACUCCCGCGGCAUACGAGAAUGGCUUUGCGCUUGUGCGGGACACCAAAGCCUCUUUGCUUGCGCCGGAAGGCUCAAAGAUGGAUCAAUUUAUGGCCUGGGUUGAAGCGCUCCCCGACCAGCAGCCGCCAGAGUGGCUCGCGCUGCCGCCGAGCGCGGAGCGGGUCAUCGCAACCGUGCAAGGUUCGAAUCUGCUCAACAAGCUCGUGCGCAUGCGCCAGCUUGCAGAUGAUGACGAGACUGUGGACGCAUCCACAGGGCAAAGCACUGCUGGCGAGGCCUCAACUCAACCUGCGUGGAUGAAAGCGUUACAGGGAAAUGUUCAGACCUGGUUGGAACUCUUGCCGGAGAGCCUCGCUUCGCUCUCAGGGACGUCAGAUGGGAUGGCCGAUCCGCUACAACGCUUCUGGGCGAGGGAGCAUCGCUCUGGCACUGGCCUUCUUUCGCGCGUGCGAGCCGAUCUCUCCGAAGUCGUCUCAGUGUGCACCGGCCAAAGUCGGCAAACGAACCACAAUCGGUCCCUACUAAACGACCUUCCCAAGGGCAUCAUCCCUGCAUCGUGGAGUGUCUAUGCGGUCCCAAAGUCGAUGCUGCUCGGAGCUUGGAUUGCGGACCUGGCUCAGCGUCUGCAGCAGCUUUCAGAGGUCUCGAAAGAGACUCGUCUGGAGGCCUUCUCCGUGCAGCUUGGCCUCCUCUUCUCUCCUGGAGCGUACAUGACCGCCACACGCCAGGCGGUCGCCCAUCGAGCAGUGGUCAGCCUGGAGCACCUUCAACUCGAUCUCAAGAUCAACGAGCAGCCUGGCGGUGCGGGCGGAUUUGCGCUUACCGGACUUAGGCUCGACGGAGCGACCUGGACCGAGGGCCGACUGGAGCUCAACGAUGGAGCGACCGUAUAUCUGGACACUUGCACGCUCGUCUGGCAGCCGAAACCCGACGGCGCGCUGUCAAUCCCCAUUGGCGCCCUUGGGUCCGGCACGGUGCCCAUCUCGGUCUACCUCAAUGCAGAUCGCAGCAACCCAUUGUUCAAUAUUGCACUUCCUACGCGGAGAGACGAGGAUCCGUCCGCAUUUGCGCAACGAGCAGUUGCCCUGAGAGCCGCGUAA